AAAACCCUGAGGAGGCUCGCAGUCCAGGAUUUACAUAAUUUACAUAGACUUUGAAUAAGAGCGCGACAGCAGGAUAAAUGAGUGAGCGAUAGUCAUAACCGCAGAGGGACGGUGUAGUGGGGUGCCGUGAGCGUGGUGUGCAAGAGAGGAGCGUGAGCUGCGUGCAGGAUGGCCACCAUUGACGGACGACCGGCGCAGUAUGGCGUCACGCUCAAGCAACUGCGCGAGCUCAUGGAGCUGCGCGGUGGGGAGGGCAUAGAGCGCUUGGAUAGUGAGUUCGGCGGCAUCCUCGAGCUUACCAAGAAGCUCUACUCCUCUCCCACCAAUGGGUUGAGCGGGAAUGCCAGUGACAUGGAGCACCGACGACAAACCUUCGGCUCCAAUGUCAUACCACCGAAGCCUCCAAAAACAUUCCUCACCUUGGUGUGGGAGGCGCUACAAGAUGUAACUCUUAUUAUCCUUCAGGUGGCUGCUGUGGUGUCCUUAGGUCUCUCCUUUUACAAACCCCCUGCAGAAAGUUCAUCAGGUCCACAAGUUGGUCAUCACGAUGAGGGAGAGGAAGAAGCAGGAUGGAUCGAGGGAGUGGCCAUUCUUAUAUCUGUGGCAGUAGUUGUUUUUGUCACAGCCUUUAAUGACUACACAAAAGAAAAACAGUUUCGAGGUCUACAAAGCCGCAUUGAGGGCGAGCACAAAUUCUCUGUUAUUCGAGGAGGAGAAGUCCAUGAUAUUGGAGUGGGAGAUAUUGUCGUUGGUGAUAUUUGCCAAAUCAAAUAUGGUGACUUGUUACCUACAGAUGGAAUCUUGAUACAAAGCAAUGACCUAAAGAUUGAUGAGUCCUCGCUAACUGGAGAGUCAGACCAUGUAAAGAAGGGGGCUGACACAGAUCCUAUGGUGCUCUCAGGGACACAUGUAAUGGAGGGCAGUGGAAAAAUGCUGGUGACUGCAGUAGGUGUAAAUUCUCAAGCUGGCAUUAUCUUUACACUUUUGGGUGCUGCUGCAGAUGAAGAAGAAGUUGAAGCUAAGAAGAGGAAAAAAGAGGCCAAAAAGCAGCGGAAAAAGCAGAAGAAGGGCGACUCAGGAGAAGAGUUGAUUGUCGCCAAUCCUAGCAAGCAAGGAGAGGGUGAGGCUGGAGCCGUGACGGGUAACUCUCACCACGCAACAGCAAACUCUGCCAACGCUGACGGUGAUGUGAGAAACAACAAACAUUCAAAGGAAGAGGAAGAAGGAGAAGAAGGUGGAGCCUCUGGGGGUGGAGGACAUGAGAAGUCUGUCCUGCAGGCCAAGCUGACAAAGUUGGCCAUUCAGAUAGGUUAUGCUGGUUCAUUCAUCGCUGUGCUCACUGUUGUGAUUCUAAUAGUCCGUUUCUGCGUACAAACCUUUGUUUUGGAAGGCAAACCAUGGGACACAUUUUAUGCAAACCAUUUUGUCAAGUUCUUCAUCAUUGGUGUAACUGUGUUGGUGGUGGCUGUGCCUGAGGGUCUUCCCCUUGCUGUUACACUGUCUUUGGCUUACUCUGUAAAGAAAAUGAUGAAAGAUAACAACUUGGUGCGACAUUUGGAUGCUUGUGAAACUAUGGGUAAUGCAACAGCUAUUUGUUCUGACAAAACUGGAACCCUCACCACUAACCGCAUGACAGUUGUUCAGUCAUACAUCUGUAGUGAAGAUCAUAAGACUACUCCAAAGUUUGAGUCAUUACCACAUGCAGUGGGUGACCUCUUGGUGAACGCCAUUAGCAUCAACUCUGCCUAUACAUCCCGUGUUUUGCCAGGCGACAACCCAGGAGAUCUCCCAAAGCAGGUUGGCAACAAAACAGAAUGUGCACUGUUAGGAUUUGUUUUGGAUCUUGGAAAAAGUUACCAGGUUAUUCGGGAUGAAGUCACUGAAGAAAACUUUCAUCGUGUAUACACCUUCAAUUCAGUACGAAAAUCUAUGUCAACGGUGGUGCCUCGCAACGGAGGCUACCGCAUUUAUACUAAAGGUGCCUCUGAAAUUGUCAUGAAAAAGUGCUCCUUCAUCCAUGGCAAAGAUGGCAGAUUAGAGAAUUUCACAAGGUCAAUGCAGGAACGUCUUGUAAGAGAAGUAAUUGAGCCUAUGGCAUGUAAUGGUCUUCGCACAAUCUCAGUUGCAUAUAGAGACUUUGUCACAGGGAAAGCUGAAAUUAACCAACGAUACCACGCUUAUCAUCAACACUACCAUGACGCGCUGUUGACUUCUGUUAUAACGUGAAUCCGGCAAAUUGUAGUCGUGGAGUCUGUGAGAGCUUUCAACGCUGAGAGUGGGCGAGGCACUUGCCGAUGCCAUGUGCGAAAGUGCCAGCGGGCAGGCAUCAGCUGUGGCGCGAAUGGGUGCACCGGAGAUAAUAUCAACACUGCCCGCUCCAUUGCUAGCAAAUGUGGAAUUCUUAGACCUGGGGACAAUAGUCUCAUUCUAGAGGGAAAAGAGUUUAAUAGGAGAGUAAGAGAUGCAUCAGGAAAGGUAAGAACUUAUCAGCAACAUUUAAUUGACAAAGUCUGGCCAAGCUGCUGUCUGGCUCGUUCCUCUCCUACGGACAAGUAUACCCUGGUCAGAGGUAUGGCAUUGAGUUAUUAAAUAGUGUUGUCAUUAGUCAUCUCAAAAUAUUAUGAUUUUGAUCUGAAUUUCAAAAAGAUUAUUUCCAUGAUUUUGUUUCAACAGGGCAUUGCUGGUACUGAUGUCGCCAAAGAGGCAUCAGACAUUAUUCUCACUGACGACAAUUUUACUUCAAUCGUCAAAGCUGUCAUGUGGGGAAGGAAUGUGUAUGAUUCCAUUGCAAAAUUUCUGCAGUUCCAGUUGACAGUAAAUGUUGUUGCUGUCGUUGUGGCUUUUGUUGGUGCCUGUGCCAUUAAUGAUAGUCCUCUCAAGGCUGUACAAAUGUUGUGGGUGAACCUUAUCAUGGAUACUUUGGCUUCCUUGGCACUUGCAACAGAAGCUCCCACACCCGAUCUCCUGCUACGAAAGCCAUAUGGGCGCACUAAGCCUCUCAUCUCUCGCACCAUGAUGAAGAAUAUCCUUGGUCAAGCCAUGUACAUGAUUUGUGUUAUAUUUGUUUUGUUAUUUUAUGGUGAUAAGUUGUUAGACAUUGACUCUGGUCGUUAUGCUGACAUCCGUGACCCGCCAUCCCAGCACUUCACCAUUAUCUUCAACACUUUCGUCAUGAUGACUCUCUUCAACGAAAUCAAUGCACGGAAAAUUCACGGACAGCGCAAUGUGUUCCAGGGUUUCUUUACUAAUCCCAUUUUCUACAGCAUCUGGCUUAGUACACUAGCUAGUCAGAUUGUGAUAGUACAGUUUGGUGGUAUGGCAUUUUCAACGCAAGCCCUGUCACUGGAGCUGUGGUUAUGGUGUCUGCUCUUUGGAUGUGGAGUGCUACUCUGGGGACAGGUUGUCACCUCCAUCCCAACCAAAAAGCUACCUAAGAAUGUAUUCUCGUAUGGAUCAGGGGAGCCUAUAAACGAUCCCAUUGCUGAUCUGGCCAGUGAAGACAAGCUGGAUUCGGACGGAAAGGACAGCAAGCGGACGGGUCAGAUUUUGUGGAUCCGUGGCUUGACCCGACUCCAGACUCAGGUCAUUGGAGGCACGUUGCAGGAGCGGCUGAUACCCGUACCGUAUAGCAAGACCUCCACAGACCAGGCUAUUCGAGUAGUUAAUGCGUUUCGGCAGGGGCUUGAUGCACGGCCUUCCAACCCAAACCUGGCGGCAGUGCUGAAGAAGCAGACGUCCCUGAGCAAACGGUUGUCCCAGGGGUCUUCACUGGAGUAUGCCGACAUGUGUCCGGAUCCAGAAGAAUUAACAGUGCCAGAGAUCGACGUUGAGCGUUUAUCCUCACACAGUCACACCGAGACUGCUGUGUAGGCCCUAGUGUAGGCCCCCAUGCCGCUUUCUCAGGGCCAACUGCACCUCCAGCAGCAGUAGCAGCACUGGCAGCAACAGUAGUGUGAUCAGCAGCAGCAGCAGCAGCAGCAACAGCCAUUAGCCACUACCGUAGUAGCUAGCGGGUGCCACCUGUGGUGUGGUGCCUAGGUGCUGGGCUCCGUCGCGACUGACAAUGACUGACUGCGAUAAUCAGGGUGGCUCGGGCGGGCUAAGGCGGUGACAGUUCAUGUUUGGGAGAGAGAGAGAGAGAGAAAAAAAAAAAAACUGUGGGUGCUGUGCACACCUGUUAUUGGUGGCGGUGGGCUGCCUGGGCUCCCGUGAGUUGUCUUCCUGGGGGCCUGCUGUCCUGCAUCUACCCAGCCUGAACACACCCCUUAAGGGGCAUGCCCAACUGUCCCUCCGCCUGUGCCCACCUCUGGUGCACACCCACACUCACUGGUGUAAGCCAAGGACUCACUUUAACAGUGUGCCGCCGCGCCCGUUGUUUCAUCAUGUCCUACUGUUAAUAGUCUUGUGUAUAGUAAGGGUUGUUAUUGCAUAGUCUACCAAUUAUAGAUAUGGUAAAGGGUUUUUGCCAGAGGGUUAGAUCUGUUGAACAAUACUAAGGACAAAUUACCAUUAUACCUGUAGUCAAAGGACGUUUUAAAACUCUCUAAAGAAGUUGUGGAAACUUGUAUAUUCAUGAAUGUUCUUGGUUCUUGUUUUCUAAAACCAUGUUGGCUGUUCCUGAUACUAGAGUCUAUACAUCUCUGUUUUGUUUAUGUUUGGCAGUAUUGUUUUGUCCAUUUGCUGUGUAUGGAAGAUGAGACCUAGGUUGUAUGACUGGUGGUACCUCUUAGCUUAAGUGGUAUGAUCGUUGCAUUGCUACAAGUUGUGUGGUGGAGCCAGCCUUGUUAUGAGCCCGGCUUCACAACACAACCACUACUGAUGUCUAGGUUUAAUCAGACAUCUUUGCAUUUAAUACUAAUAAUCCUAACAUCAUGGGGGUCGUUUUUAUGGAGCAAUAGUUGUUUUGAAGUAUAUAUAAUAGUGAUGAUGCUUGUCAAUAAUUCAAUCACUGAAGGUAAUUGUCAUGUUAUGUAAUUAACAAUAUUACAAAUGAACUGGUGCACGGUUGUUCACGACCUUAUCACCUGUUAUAAUGUUGGCUAGCCAAUGGAACCAAUUUUAUUUGUUGUGCCCAUGUGAGGAGCACUCCAGAGGCCUGCAAUUGUGUACGGCCACCCUGGGAGUAAGCCCUAGGACUUUUUCAUGCCCCUGCAAGCACUAAGUACUGACCUAGGAUAUUUCCUUGGAUCUAGCUUCAGUGCUCUUGUUAAAAAAUGUGGAAACCCGUAGGGGAGCUUGACUUUACCCAUGGAAAUAUGGCAUUUAAACUUGCCAGUCAACAUCCCCGACCCCACCACCUGCUCUUACCUCCCCGCGCCCUCCCCAGAAAAAAAAGAAAGAAAUCCCCAAAUCUCCCCCCCCCCUGUCUUUCCUCCCCUCUCCAUUCUCCAUCACCAUUCCCGGAAUCCCCCGCCCCCACCCUGCCCCCACCCCUAACUAUCACAUUUCACCACUCCAGGUUGACUCGAUGUCUGUUUGCGUGGUCUGCCCUCUACCAUCCUGUUCUUAGGUGUGGCAAAUAUGCAUUAGUUUUAAGUCAGUUCUCUGGGCUGUUCACCAAACCAUUACACAUAACAAAUUGUAGUCAAUAGCGAACAGUUAUUUCAUUCUUUUCCGUAGAGAAAGUGAAGGAUUUUCUAAAUACUGAAAUGUUGUAAAUCCAAUAAAUGUUAAUGUAAAAUGGUAGAGAUAACCAAGAUAAACCUUCUGUAAAUCUUCAGUAAAUCUUCAGUCAUUUUGUGAUGCUCGUCUCUUGACAUGUCAGCCACGACACUCCUUAACCUUAUGUUUGUCAACUAAUUCUAGGACUGAGGAAGUCUAAGAUCACUGGAAGUUUGAUAAGAAAAAGGCCUUGUACUUCUUCUCUUUGUCCAUUAUCUGAUGUGUGUGUGUGUGGGUCCAUGGAUGGUUUGUGCAGUGUGGAGCUGCGAGGCCCAACAUGACUCCUGAGAAGCAAAGGAUAUGAGUCUGGCUUCCGUUGUGAUGAUGCUCUGUCACCAACCAUGCACUCGAACGCGCGUAGUACUUUAGAUUUUUCGUGGAUAUAAACAAAUGGCUUCUAUUGUUAAUAGGAAAGAACAUUACUUGUUGCGUUUGUUAACUUUAAAAAUACAGGUUUUCAAGAGUCCA